UCACGCUGUUGGUGCCUGUGUUUUGAUGAUCCUUUUAUAAAUGAUGGCAAGUGAAAUUGAAGAAGGUGGUAAGACGACCAUUGGAGAGACGUCGAGUGAGUCCAGUGGCCAUGGCCAGCAGCAGCCCCGCGAGUCUACCCUGCUGAGAACCCAAAGGAGGCGAAAUAGAAAGAAACUGGUAGCAACACAACAGCAAGCGGAGGAAGCAGUGACCGGAAGCUGCGAGAGCCAGGUGCAGGAGCAAGAGUUAACCCAGCCGAGCGUCACCUUUCAAGAGCUACCAGAGGUGCGUUCGAUCUGCGAGGGCAAAAUCUACGUGCAGCGCGAGCACAGCUUUGUGCCCGUCAACCAGCACUCCUUUUUCGAGUCUUCAGCGUCGGCAGCACUGCCAAACGACGUGGCCGCCUUCUCCCCAGAGGCGGUGGCCAACGAGUUGCAGAGACGCUGCCUGCCCGUCGCCACCUUUUGCCACGGACUGCUCGCCGGCCUUGCACUUUGGCACGCCGUCACUGUUGAUUCCAGCCCAUGUGACAAAAGUGUCUCAGUGGUGAACAUUGAGAGGACUUUCCAAAUUAUUUUCUACAUUCUUUCCACGGUUUCAGCUGUGUCAGUCUUGGACUGGUGCGUGCCGAGCAAGGUGUCUUCGUUCCAAGCGUUCCAGCGGCACCUAGCUGAGAAUCCUGCGAGCGUGUUUGCCCUGGCUGCCUGCCUUGUAGCCCACCUUGCCUCCGACCUUUCAGCUAAACUGGACGACCAGCACGCUUUCAAACUGAGCAAUUCUACCUCCCUCAUAGCCACAAAUGUAAGAAAGGAUAGAAUCUUCCUCUAUUUUGGUAUUGAAUUAGUACCAGAUUUUGAAAACUUCGUAGAGAUGCACAGGCAAUGGCAAACCCUGAAUCUGGUGCGAUGCGUCCUGGCGGUGCUCGGUUUCUUUCUCACAGCUAUCUCACGCAACAGCAAUUGA